AUGCAUCUGACACCGCGAGAACUCGACAAGCUGACAAUUCUCAUGUUGGCGGAUGUCGCACUGAGGCGAAAGGCAAAGGCCGCUCUGGAGGGAGCUCGGGAGGGCACAGACACUUUCGAGGAGAUCAUGGCCGACGCAUCGCACGCCUUGACGGUCGACGACGAUGAUGGAAGAGCACUCCAAGAUGGCAAGCAAAUCGACGAAGAAGGAUUCCGGCGGCGAGAAGAAAGUGCCGGUCGGCGGAUACGUGUUGCGGACGAGCCGAUCGAACUGAACGAGGCCGUCCCCGUUUGGGAAGUCAAUCGCGCGUUGUCCUUCGAUCGUGAACAGUCCUUCGGACUGGCGCCUCACAUUCCAGCGGGCACGGCGGUCAGGUUCGAGCCGGGCGACGAGAAGGUCUCGUUCGGGGUCACCACAGGUGACCAGAUCAGACUGGGUAAUACCGACCUGUACAUCGAGGUCGAGGAAGAUCUUCGAACCAUCGGAGACGAGUCGAUCUACGGCGGCGGCAAGACGCUGCGCGACGGCAUGGGCCAGGAUCCGGAGUCGUGCAGCAUCGACGGUGCCCUCGACCUCGUGAUCACCAACGUGGUCAUCGUCGUGAUGCAAAUCCAUCGGUGUCGUCAAGGCAGACGAACAGAUGAUCCCUCACUGCCGCCGGCAUCGAUCCGCACGUGCACCUCGUGUCACCACAGCAGGCGGUACCACGCGCUCAGCGGGGGAGUGACGACGCUGAUCGGUGGUGGUAUCGGCCCGACCGACGGAACCAACGGCACCACCAUCACUUCCGGUAUCUGGAACAUGGAGAUGAUGCUCAAGGCCAAUGAGGGUUUGCCGGUCAACGUCUGCAUGCUGGGCAAGGGGAACUCGUCCGGGCAUCAGUCGCUGGUCGAACAGAUCAAGGCCGGUGCGGCCGGUCUGAAGGUCGCCAUUCACACGGAUACCCUCAAUGAGGCCGGAUACGUCGAGGACACCAUCGCGGCUUUCGAAGGCCGUACCAUUCACACCUAUCACAGCGAGGGUGCGGGCGGUCACGCACCCGACAUUCUGCGGGUGACGGGCGAGGACAACGUACUUCCGGCGUCGACCAACCCGACGCUGCCGUACGGCAUCAAUACUCAGGCCGAGCUCUUCGACAUGAUCAUGGUCUGUCAA